AUGAGUACAAAGGAAAAUGGCAUAAAUUAUUUAGAAGAUUCCUAUACAACACCUCCACGUCAAGUUUAUAGUGAGUGGUUAGUCCCAACAGCAGGCACACCCUUAAAAAAUCCUAAUUUAGGAGUUACUCAAGAAGUUGCUCAAAUUUAA